AUGUCGCGCGGCGGCGGAACCACGUUGUACGUCACCGGCUUCAGCCAUGGUACUCGUGCUCGCGACCUUGCCUACGAGUUCGAACGCUUUGCCUUUGUUGAGUACGAGGAUCGUCGUGAUUCCGACGAUGCCUACCACGAGAUGCACAACAAGCGCAUCGGACGUGACGAUGUUCUGAAGAUCGAGGUCGCGCCAACUGACCUGCUUCACAGUGGGCCCGCACACCUCCUUCUGCCUCUUGGCGGUUCGACUCCGGGUCGCGAUCGUGAGCGCGCCCCCAGACGCUCCUCUCCCCGUCGUGGACGGUCGCCCUCUCCCCGCCGCAGCACGCGCGACUACUCGCCUCCCCCUCGAAAGGAAGACCGCCGUGACCGCGACUACGACCGCGACAGCGGCCGCGACCGAUCCCGUAGCCCUGACCGACGUGGCGACAGCCCCCGCGACGCGAAGGACGACCGUGACGCGAAGGACGACCGCGACGCCAAGGACGACCGUGACGACCGGGACCGCCGCGACAGCGGUGCCAAUGGCGACGACCGUAAACCCAUCGACAGUCCACCUCCCGUCCACGACGACCUGGACGUUGCGGAGUAG